AUGGGUUCUCUUCCUGGACCCGCCACCCUUUGGGGCAUCUUAAAGUCUGAGGACUUUCCUAUCUCUGCUCCGCCUGCAGAGGACGUCGACGCAGAACUCUUCGAGAUUCCUCGUCUUCCGUCGCCUAUGCCCAACCCUGCUGUUGAGCUAUUUGGUGAUGAUCUCGAGAACCUCGUGACGCCCCCCUACAAUGGCAAUCUAUCCCAGGCCAUGUUCUACAACUCCGCUAAUGCUGAGGAUUUGAUGCGCUUGAACUACGGCCUGUUCCACAACGACUACCCGCAUGUGAGAGACGUUAUUGACCCAGGCCUUCUCCGAGUGCAGGGUGUCGCUGCUGUCGAGACGGAGCUCUUCGACGUUGAAGUCGUUGUCUUGAUCGCGAGUGGAGUUCCCAUCCUGGUGCAUGUUGAGAUGCUUCGGCCACUCCCCUACUUGUACUGGAUGUUCGUCGAUCCCCGCGAUCACAUGCAGUACAGCGUCGUACGCGUUCUUGAGAGCGCCAACGUUUGGAAGAUUGUCCUCUUGGCAGUCUACGGCACUGAAGGCUUCAACCUGGACGAUCAUCAUUAUACCGGGGAGGAAUACAUUGCCGCCAUCGCUCUUGUGCAGCGAUGGGCCGGCCAGGAUUAUGUGCUACAUACUGUCGUCAACUAUUUCAAAGCGUAUUGUACCCGAGUCGCACUAGCCCUACACAGCGCGCCUGUCCCCACGCCAAGUCAUCCAGUCAACGCAAACCUUCAUGACUACGUAUUGGCAGAGAUUCAAAGAUGCUACUUUCACUAUCAGGCAAUACACGGGAGGUACAGAACGCUCCCAUCGGGGGCGUUCGGAGCAUGGGCUCUGAGGGCAAUUUAUACUCCUCACCUAAACACUAGAGUGCAUCAUCUAUCUCACGACUUCUGCGAAGAGAUAACAUCGGCCAUCAUGAUCCAGGCCAGUGCCCACAUCUUCAAUUACUACCCCGAAGACCCGAUCUUUUUAGAUUAA